AUGCCACCGCGGCGCGUGCGUCAGAGACCGCUCUUGGAGCGCGUCAAGGCUAUGCUGAACCCCAUGGACUUCUUACUAUGGCUAUCCGAGGAGAUCGAGACGCGCGACUGGGACUCCAAGGUCGUUGGCACGCAGAUGGGCGUGGCCAUGAACUUUGCUUUCCUGCUCGCCAGGGCUAAUAGUAGUAGUUCUCGAACGGUUGAUCCCGUCUUCGACGAUGGAUCCGGUCCCGGGUGGUACACAUUCUUUGCUGGCACCUUAGUGUGGACCCUUAUUGGCUUCUCGGCUUGCAAUGCGACCUACACAAUGUAUCGGUCGCGUCAUUAUCGAUUAUUCGAAGCCGAUGUCGAGAAGACACCCGAAACUCCUUCAGCGCAUCGCGUUCGCGUACAGUCCUCACCCGUUUCGUCGUCGCCCCUACGGCUUUUAACGGGUAUGAUGGGCACUGAGAGCGCAGAAUCGAGAGCGCAUCCCGAUAGAAAUCGAGAUGUAUGGGAGAUAGCUGUUUGGGAUCCAUUACCGAUAUGUCUACAAAUGUUCUGCUUAUUUAGUCCGGGCCAUGUGCUUGUCUAUACGAUGUUCCUACCAUUAGCACCCCUGGACGCGAGACCGAGUGUUACCGUAUUCAACUGCAUCGUACUCCAGCUCAUCCUUUCGGCACAGCUGCUGUUAUUCCAAUCCAGAUUCACCCAGCAGAACAAAGACACAGCCAUCAUUCAGAAAGAAGUCAUGCACGAAUACGAUAAGAAGUUUGUUCGCCCCGCCUUAUACCCUACUGUCAGGGAUGCUGCAACACAAAUAUCGCAGAACGAGACUGGAGAUGACCUCGACGAAUCUAUCGAAGUUGGCACGCCCACUGUACAGCUUAAGCGAGGCUUCCGGACGCGACCUAAUCCCAACUAUAUCAAGCACAUCGAUCCUGACCGCGGUAUGUCGGGCUUCUCGAACAUUAACACUAGUAGCCCUGGCCUGUUCACUCCACCAGUGUCCACAAGGCACACCGAUGCCAUUGGCAGCGAGAUGAGAGGCCGCACUCCUUUGACCGCUAACAGGAAUCAACGGAGAGGCGCGUCAGGACUCUCCACAUCCUUUAGCGCGAAUUCGCCUCGACCAGUAACUAAUAGUGUUGCUACCUCCAAUCCUAACUUCUCUACCUCUACCGCCCCCGUAAGUCAAGGGGGCGGCGACGGAGGUUACAUGGGUGUAUAUACCCAUCCCAAAUCACCCCUGAAGAAAGCGCCUAGUCUGGGUGAACUUCAGUUUCGAUCACCGCGGAAUAACAGCGAGAUGGCUCAACUCGAGCAAUACCAAUCAACAAGGGACCGUAGCACCAGCCCUUUAAAGCCCACUACUAAUAGGAGAAGCACCGGAACUAUGAGUUCCCACGCACCGGCUCCAUCAUGGGGUCGCCCUCAACCGUCGUCCUAUGCUCAGCCGUCUUAUGCUCAGCCGUCCUAUGCUCAGCCGUCAUCUUAUGAGAGGUAUCCCUCGAUGCGGCGGUAA